AUGGCUGACCAUAGACCGGCUCCGAGAAGUAGCCGAGACAUUCGCCUCUCGACCGCGACCAUGAGAGCACUCAACUCUCAACGCCUACUGCCAAGAACGAGCAUCUUUCAUAGUAAUGCUCGAAACUAUCAUUUUAUUUUUUUCAUCCUAAUAUUUUUCCUACUUCACGGUGUAUCGUCGCGAAGUGUAUCCCACGAUGAUAUUGACAACAUCGAGAAGAUAACAUUGGAAUCGUCAGCUCAGAAGGUCGAUCAGGUAAGAUUUAACAAAACGAGCCAAGAGAAACUUUUAGGAUCGAUCGAUCCUCGCGAAAAUGAAAAUAAAUUGCUCGAGGAUAAUGUCAAGAAAAUGGAAAAGAAUUUAGAUAAGGAUGAUACAUCUGUUGCGAAAAAAAGACGACGAAACGAUCUUACGUUGACCGUUAAAAGUGAAGUCCAAGAAACUAAUCCAAGAUUUAUUAUCGGUCAUACCGAUGUUGAUGUCACCAAGAACGAAGGUAUUCGUAGAUUUGACGCUGAAGUAGAAUCAGUCGACGAGAUUGAAUUACCAAGUAACGAUCAAUCUUCGAAGAUCAAUGCAGAUCAGAAUAACGGAUUAGUCAAAGGUGAACGUUCGCAGAAAAAGGCUAUUAAGGUUGAUGACGUGAAGAACAACGAUGAUUUUAUUUUAGACACUCCGGUUGAAUUAAACAAUCAAAAAGUUGAGGUUUCUAAAAUUGAUGACGUGAAGAAAAACGAUGAUAUUAUUUUAGACAGUCGACAAGUUGAGGUACCUAAAGUAGAUACUGAUAAUAUUUUAACGAUAAAGGAAGAUAUACGUAAUAAUCUUCGAAGUUUGGUAGCCAAUGAGGAAAACGUUUCAGAAAUUGAUCGUGAGAAAGAACAAAGUUCAGUAAUAAUUGGCGAAUCAAUUGAAUCGAAAAGAAAUCAAAGGUACUUAGAGGAAACUCGAGGUAAGUUCAAGCACAAAAGCUCAACAGUGUAUUUGAGUGCCGAGGAAGGUUCCGAAAGCCCUGAUAGCGAAGAGAAAUCGAUCGUUGAUAGCCAAAUUAAAAAGUUGAUAUCUAUUCGCGACGAUGCAUUAGGCUUGGUAAGCGAUAAUGUUAACAAUAAGCAAAAUGUUGACGAAGAUAAAGUUCUUCAACCAGUAAAAUUACUUGGAAUCGAUGAUGUGAUCGUAACGGAGGAUAACGUUGACGACGUUAGAAAUCAACGCAGUAAUUUUCCGAAUUUACCAGAUACAGAUUCUCAAUAUAUAAUAGAUUAUCGUCUUCAAAUAUUAAAGGACCAGGCAAUAUUGCUUCAAGAACAAAUAAAAAAUCGUACCUUCGUGAAAUAUUUAAAAGAAAAUGCGAUCGAUAUACUUCCGGAAAUGUCGAAAUUUAAUGAAAAUCAAUUGUUGGAUACUUUGAGAAAUUUGGUAUCGAAGAAAAAAUUGACGAAUUUGAAUCAAUCGUAUUCCAAUCUUUUGAACGAAACAGAUUUGACCGAAACUCAGGAAAAUAUAAUCAAGUGCGCAGAACAAUUGAUCGAAGUAGAACAAAGACAAUCUUUCGUUAACAACAUGUUCGAGUGUAUUAGGGGAUUCAGUGUGUUAAAUUGUCUGAGGAUUUUUAUGUUGCCGAUCCUAAUCGAUAACAUUCCACUAGCAAUCAAUGAAGGCUUUGGAUCUAAUUUGCCUAUAGAAAUAAAUUUACUUGAUCUCUUUCAAGGUAAUCGAGAAAAAAUCGAUAGAUCUUCCUCCAACGUUUAUCAAAAAAGAUAUUUAACACCUGAAUCGGUCGUACUUUCGAUAUUAAAACAAGCUUUAGAAUCACGCAUCGAUGUAGACAAGUUACCAUACUUCAUCGACUCGAAAAAUGAAACUUUCCAAAAAUUAUUGACACCAGGACAACUAGAGAUUCUUCAAUUAGGCGAGAAACUCUUACCAUUCGAUUUACGUCGUGAAUAUACCGAUAAAAUGUUUUCCUGUGUACGAAGAUUUGAAUAUCUCAGUUGUUUAAGAUAUUUCGCUUGGCCCAUGAUGAAACAAUAUUUCCCGAGUCUACCACUCUUUCCAGAUUAUCAAAUUUGGUAUCCGAGUAUUACCAUAGUACCCGAAUAUCCGAUCGUUCCAUUUCCUAACUUUUCUGACGAGGUCGGAGAACUUCCCGAGGUCGUCGAUUCCGAUGCCACCAGAAUGAGAAAGCCUACACCGGAAACAGUGAUUAUACACGUUUUGCAGAAUACUUUGAAGGACUAUCAUCCAAGAGUAGAAUCAACAUCGAUUCCCUUUCAAGAACCAACAAAUUUUUAUACCGCCGUAAUUCCUCCAGAUCAAUUAAUAACCAUACAAAUGGCUGAAGAAUUUAUCCCAAUCUCUCAUCGGCCGGAAUUUGUUCAAAAAACUGUUCGGUGUAUACAAGAGUAUAAUUAUUUGACCUGUAUGAAAUAUUCGACUUGGCCAACCGUUAAACAGUACAUUCCACAGCUUCCAGAUUUCUCUUCGUUCUUCCCAGGUUUUUCCGAUUUUUUCUCACUUUUGCCUAGUUUACCAAAUAUAACUAUACCACAACAAAUUUCACAGGUGGUACCUGUACAACAGAUUCCACAGGUUCCACAGAUUCCACAGGUUCCACAGAUUCCACAGAUACCAACCGAAUUGCCUAGUUCUAACAUAUUAUAUAGAAAAGCUGAUGAUAUUAAUUUGAAUUUGGAAUCUAAAAUCAUCGAAACAUUGGAACACGUUCGAAACACUUUAAGAAGUACAAAUAAGAUUCCUACGCAAACCGUUUCUGGAAACGUGAUAAUCCUGACGACUUUAACAGAUAAACAAUUUAAAAUAUUAAAAUUGUCCGAAAGUAUUCUUCCGCCGUCCGCUCGUGCAACAUUCUUGGCACAAGUUCUUACAUGUAUUCAAGAUAGAAACGAUUUUAUGAAUUGUACAGAAAAUGUCAUCUGGCCAUCGAUCGCAUAUUACGCACCAAAUUUGCCAGAAUUUUCGCAAAUAGAAAUACAAAAUUCAUCGAACGAAUUUUCAUCUUUAGAUAGUUUAAAGAAGAACAAAGAAAUUUUGCAAAACUCGACGGAUAAUAUUGAAGAACCGAUUAAUUCUGAUGCUCUAGGAAAGUCAGCAGAAAAAAUCAUGUCCAGAACGUCUGGUCAAAAUGAGAUUAUUUCUAAAACAAUUUCUCAAGAAAGUAAUGUUCCUGUAAUUAGUAUAACUGGUACAAGAUUCGUGCCAAUAUAUACGGAACAUCCCGAGUCCGUCAUACUAAACAUCUUAAAAAAGAUUCAACAAUCUUCUGCGAAUAUGGUUAAUGCAUCAACAAAGGAAACUACCAAAACGCAACUUUUUUACGAUAUAUUAAACGCACAACAACAAUUAAUUAUUAAAAUUACGGAAAAUUUGAUUCCCGAAUCAGCCAGAGCUGAAUUCGUAGAUAACAUCAUGAAAUGUAUUAACGAAUACAAUUUCAUACUUUGCUCGAGGGACAUUCUUUGGCCUACGUUGAUUGAUUAUUUCCCAGGAGUUCCUAAUUUCCCAAAUUUUGGUAUAUUUUCCAACGCACCAAUUAAUGGAAGUCCCAUACCUUCUCUUCCGUCGCAUAAUCUAACGGAAGACAGUUCGAGUGCUGAAGCUUCUCAUCUUUCGGAAACAAAUGUUAAAACCGGACAACAUGGAGACGCAACAGUGACAAUAACAGACACGAGAUUUGUUCCGAUUUUCACCGAACAUCCUGAAGCUAUUAUCUUGAAUAUUUUGGAAGCAGUAAGAUUCUCUACGCCUAAUUUACCACGCAUCGAAUCUACGACGAAAAAGGAAGAUUUAUCUCAAUAUUUCACGGAUAGGCAAUCUAUAAUUAUUCAAACAGCAGAGUGUCUUUUACCAGAAUCCGAACGUAUUGCUUUCAUUAAGAGAAUAACCAUUUGCAUUCAAAAAAAUACAUUUUUAGAAUGCACUAAAGAUAUCACUUGGCCAACCGUUCAUCAGUUUUUUCCCAGAUUGCCAAGUUUCCCUGAAUUUAGGAUUUCACAAAAUAUACCUAGAACGAAGUUACACUUUUCAAUAAAUUUGGAUACACCAGAUAAAUCCGAUCUUAUUAACGAGCAAACUUCAAUAGAAUACUUUCAGAAAAACAUAGAAGAGAUUUUAGAAGAAAUACUAAUUAAAAACUCUAAACCACGACUUGAACAUUCCUACUUGGAUAUCAAUAAUCCCAUAAUACAAACUAUGUUUACAAAACAACAAGUCGAUAUUAUCAGACUCGUCGAACAAGGUUUACCAGAUCCUGUAAGACCAACAUACAUUAAAAAAUUGUUAGAAUGUAUGCGAAAUAAUAAUUUUAUUGGCUGCAGUCAACACGUUAGUUGGCCUACUUUGAAAGUUUACCUCCCAUCUUUACCAAAUUUUCCUCAAUUUGGCGAGUACUUUUCUCAGCUGCCUGACAUCAGUCAACUACCAGGCAUAUCAGGAGUUCCUCAAUUACCCGGUAGCUUACCAUUGGCUGAAAUACCUAAUUUACCACUUCCACCUAGUAUCCCUUCUCUUCCGGGUGGUAUUUCACAGGUACCAGGAGUAAUUCCUCAAAUACCAGAACAAGUGGGUCAAUUUUUUGGUCUACCACAAUUUGGAAAUAUACCAGUAGCUGUUAAAACGAUUGAAUAUCCGAAAGAGUUAUUAUCUACUGUACAACAAUCAUCGGCUAAAAUGUUUGAUUCAAAAAAGGCAAACCAGCCAUUGGUACCAUCGUCCACACCGUCAGUAGAAAUGUUGCUGGUCCCUUUGGUACUGGGCUUGGCCCUGCCUAUCAUAGGCGAAUAUAUUCCACCUGGGCCAAGAUUUACGUGUCCCAAAGUACCAACUGAUAUUUAUCCUUGUACUUGUAUUCGUGGAAGUGACAGAGGACUUUACAUUCAUUGCGAAAAUACAAAUUUAGCCAGCUUGAGUUUGGCUUUUGCUAAUUUGGGGAACGAGGGUAUGCCCAUCGAAGAAUUAGUUCUGUAUAAAUGCAAUAUCGGACGUUUCUAUGGACCAGCUCUUUAUCCAUUGGAUGUAAGAGUCCUAAAGUUUAUUGACACACCUUUGAAAUUAAUCGAGGAACACAGUUUUCUUGGUGUGAACAGAACUCUUCAGGAACUUUAUCUGAUAAAUAGUCGUCUGGAAAAGUUCCCACGGGAAGCACUGCAAAUUUUAGGUAAUCUCAGUAUUUUAAGUAUUGCUGGACAUCGUAUUGUUAUUUUACCAGGGAAUAGUUUUGCCGAAAGUGCUGCAGCAGCUAAAUUAGAAAAAUUAGAAAUCAGUAACGGAACUAUAUCCUCUUUACCAGUCGAAGCUUUACAACCUCUGAAAAAAAUGAAAACGUUGGAUCUUCAUGACAAUAAAAUCAAAGAUUUAAAAAGAAAUCAAUUUAAAGGACUCAGAGAUACUGAAUUUCUCGAUUUGUCUUACAAUUUGAUUGACAAAUUGGACGGGUCUCAUCUUGCCGAUCUUACCAAAUUGGGAUGGUGUAAUUUUUCUCACAAUGCUAUCUCAGACUUGAAGAGGGGAACGUUUGCAAGAAAUUCUGUCUUGAAGGUUCUAAAUUUGAGUCACAAUAAAAUCAGGAAACUCGAUUCAAAUACAUUCCGUGGCAUGCGCUUCCUAAGACGUUUGUUUUUAAGUAACAAUCAAAUUAACGAAGUAGGCCGUGGUACUUUCGGUUCGAUUACCAGAAUCGGUACCAUCGAUUUAUCACGAAAUUUUAUCAAGAAAGUCGAUUAUCAAAUGUUCCAUCAGCUACAAUUUGCCGAGCUCAUAGACGUAUCUGAGAAUUUCGUGACAACUGUGGAGAAAUUAGCAUUCAAGGAUCUUUUCUUAGCGAAAGUGAAUCUAUCGCAUAAUGAAAUUGCAACGAUAGAGCCUGGGGCAUUUGAGAACUGCGCCAAUAUCACUUCACUCGAUCUGAGUCACAACAAACUCGAGAAUAUUUCGAAAUAUUCCUUCGAUAGUUCAACGUACGCUACCGAACUACUACUCAGCUAUAAUCUGUUCACCUCGUUGGGUCAGGUACCAUUGCAUAACAUGACUGGAAUAAAAGUUCUCAACGCAUCUCACAACUUGAUACAUUCGGUACCACGUCAAACAUUUCCAAAGCUCUACGAGCUUCACACCAUUGAUUUGUCUUACAAUAAUCUCUCGGAUAUACAUAAUGGAGUUUUUCAAACGCUCUUUAGCUUACGAUUUUUAAAUCUCGCUCAUAAUUCUUUGGAAAAGAUAAAACCAUCAACGUUCGGUCCAUUGCCAACAUUACUCGAAUUGGAUAUGAGCUACAAUCAACUCAACGAUAUAGCACGUGGUAGUUUAACCAGAUUAGCCAGUUGCAGAACCAUAACCGUGAAGAAUAAUCGACUGAACAAAAUAUUCCAAUUGCCAAACUCGUUGGGUCACUUGGACUUUUCAGAAAAUAUGCUCGAAGAAAUACCAACGUUGGAAGUAUGGCCUACGAUGAACGCUCUCCUUUCGUUGGAUCUUUCGAGGAAUCGACUAGGCGAUAAUCUUCGCCAUGGGAGCUUCGAAAACCUGUUGACCUUGAGGACCUUGAACCUGCAAGCGAAUAAUAUAUCCGUACCACCGUGGGAAGCCUUAAGUACUUUGAGCAGUUUGCAAUAUCUCUACUUGCAGGACAACCAUUUAACACAAAUCGGCAAAGCAGCAUUCGGUCGUUUACCGAUCGUUUUCGAAUUGAAUCUUGCCAAUAAUCAAAUUCAAAAUAUAAGUAAUCGUGCUUUCGAAGGUCUACUGCAAUUAUUGACUUUAAAUUUAACAAACAAUAAUAUCAGUUACAUACCAAACGGAGCGUUUCAAGGAUUAGUUUCUUUAAGAAUGCUCGAUCUAUCCUACAACAAAUUAGAAAGAUUGGAUAAUAAAACUCACGGAUUGUUAGAUGAUUGUCUGUCAUUAGAACGAGUCAAUCUUAGUCAUAACAAAAUUUCUUUCAUCACGAGAAAAAUGUUACCCAAUGAUCCUUGGAUUCCAUACAGAUUGAAAGAAGUGGACCUUUCAUACAAUACAAUGCCCGUGGUAACGUUCGAAUUAACAAUCGGCGGAAAAAAGCUUCAAUAUUUAAACCUAAGUCAUAACAAUAUUAAUGAAAUUCGACGUUAUGUAAUCGGUAAUCUUACAGCUUUGCAAUCGUUAGAUUUAUCUUACAAUGACAUCAGUGAUAUUUCAGAACCAAAAGUUUUUGAACCACCAAAUAAUUUAACUUAUUUGUAUCUAAGUCACAAUCACCUAACUUAUUUACCAAUGUAUAAAAUUGUACCGAUGCCAAACUUAAUGCUUUUGGAUUUAGAAAUGAAUCAAAUUGGCGUCUUCGAUGAGAGUUACAUGAAGAUUAUUCAAAAUGGCACGAGAAUUCGAUAUUUAGGAAAUUCAUUGCAUUGCGACUGUCACGUUCGACCAUUGAAGAGAUGGUUGAACACAUUCAGUGAAAUACCUGCAGAAUGGUCUAACGUAACAUGCAAAAGUCCAAGUUUCCUUUCCGAGAAGUUACUUUCUGAAAUCACAGAAGAUCUAAUGGGAUGUAGUACUAGAGAAAUAUACGAGAAUGAACAAUUGGAUAUAAACCCCGAUGUGAAAUAUAGAAAUAUCGAGUAUGACAAAGAAGAUAAGAGUUGGAAGGCUACUUGGUACGUGACAUCGCGAGAAGACAUCGGCGACUUUUAUGUAGUUGUACGAGAGUCGGGAAGUAGCAAGUCAACGAUCGAAAAGGACCUCGUUUACAAUGCCAGAUCGUAUAAGAUUCAAGAUCUACCUGGAUCAAGAAACAAGUACGAGCUUUGCGUACUGGCAAGAGACUCCGAAGGAAACGUUAAACAUUUUAGAGAAUCGCAAUGUCGGAUACUGAACGAACAAACUUACGGGAGUUCGACGCAUUUAAAAAGCAGUUUCUCUUUAAUCGCGAUCGUCCUUUCUUUUCGUAUAAUAAUCCUUUGA